CCCCCGUUUUAUUUUAAUCUUCAUUUUUUGACUUGUCUUUCUCCCUUCCACUCCAAUCUGUACCGCACAACAGAGUCCCUCCUCCCGUCGCCGGCGCCACAACCACCAGUGUUUCUUCGUUGUUUCCCAACUAUUUCGCCUAACCCCGUCACUGAAACCUUCUAAAUCUUAUGGUUCUGGAUCGGUAUUAGCUUGAAACAGUUGAAGAAACUCUCCAAUGGCGGAGGUAGAGAAGGAUUUGGAAGCAAGAAGGACUGUUUUCGUGACUGUCGGGACAACUCGUUUUGAUUCCUUGGUUAGAGCUAUGGACACACCAGAAGUUAAAGAAGAGUUGUUCAGAAAAGGUUAUACUCAUCUUCAAAUUCAAAUGGGCCGGGGAUCUUAUAUUCCUACAAAGUCUACAGGAGAAGUUGGCUGUUUGGAUGUAGAUUACUUCACAUUUUCGUCAAGCAUAGCUGAGUACCUGAGAUCUGCAUCCCUAGUAAUAAGUCAUGCAGGUUCAGGGAGUAUAUUUGAGACGUUGAGGCUACAGAAACCUUUGAUUGUGGUAGUUAAUGAAGAUUUGAUGGACAAUCAUCAAAGCGAGUUGGCAGAAGAAUUGGCAGAGCGAAAGCAUUUGUAUUGUGCUCGGCCCCAAACACUCCACCAAACUAUAGCGGCAAUGGAGUUGGGGUCUCUUAUUCCAUACCAACCGGGUGAUGCAAAACCAGUUGCAAGACUCAUAAACAACUUUCUGGGAUUUCCUGAAGAAUAACGGGACUGCAGCCACUCUUCUCUUGGGUUUGGUUAAAUAACAGAGGGCAAAACGAUUUGGGAAUAUCUUCAUAAUUUCUUAGCUCAGGAGGUGGUGGUUGAUCGUACUGCAGAUAUUUAUAUCCUCUGUAGAGGUUGGUAUGUUCAUGAAUUACCUUUCUAUUUUAGUGAUGUGGCUCAACAGAAUUUGGUACAAUGAUCUUCAAUGAAUUUCUUGACCUAAACAAUGUUGUUUUUGGCAAAUUUUUUUUUUUUUGGGGGUGUUAGGUCAUGCUGCUCCUAUUUUUGCGUUUAUAAUUUAGGUUAGAUCAUUAGGCACGUUACAACUUGUACUAAGAACAGAAGCUUAUUGCUAAAAUAUUUGACCUUUUUCAAUACAUCAACAUUUGUCAUUCUGGAUUACCCAACAUCAGAUGAAACAAAUUCUACAAAUGAAACAUUCACAUUCUUCUUGUUAAUGCUGCUGAUUAAGCUCCUAAUACUGAACAAUGGUUGGGCAA